AUCAGAUCUCUAACUAUAGCUCAAGCGGAGAAGACUCUGACGAUCAUCUGAAUCGCCGAAACAUGUCGAGCGAUAGCAACGAUCUAGACGAAGAUGAGCUUCUUCAAAUGGCGUUGAAAGAGCAGGCUCAGAGAGAUCUCACCUAUCAGAAACCUCCUUCCUCCUCUGCUCGCAAACCUGUUGCCAAUUUAGUGCAGCAGCCUCGACAGCAGAAGCCGGUGGCUGCUGCUGCCGCUCCGCCGAAGAAGUCUGCGCCGGCGGUUAGGAAGCCUUCUAUGGAUGAGGAUGAUGAAUCGGAGGUGGAAUUGCUUAGCAUUUCAAGCGGGGAUGAUGAUUUGGAGAGGGAAAGGGAAAUAGGUGGUUCUAGUGGUGGUGCGGGGAGAGGAAGAGGUAGCGAUGUUCGGGAGAAGGGAAGAGCGAGGAAGGAGGAUGAUGGUGCUUGGGAUGGAGGGGAGCCUGAUUGUUGGAAACGGGUUAAUGAAGCUGAGCUUGCUCGUAGAGUUCGUGAUAUGAGGGAAUCGAGAACAGCACCCGUGGUUCAGAAAGUAGAGGGUAAAGCACCUGCACCUGGCAAGAAAGUGGCUCUGACUAGUUUGCAGUCACUCCCUCGUGGCAUGGAAUGUAUUGAUCCACUAAAAUUAGGGAUCAUAGACAAUAAGACAUUGAGAUUAAUCACUGAGUCGUCAGGAAGCCCAUCAAAAGCUGAAAAAGUGGAUAAUACUCUUCGGGAAAAAUUGGUUUACUUCUCUGAUCAUUUCGAUCCAAAGCUGUUUCUUUCUCGUAUUCACCAAGACACGACUGCAGCAGAUUUGGAGGCUGGUGCCCUUGGCCUGAAAAGUGACUUAAAGGGUCGGAAUCUGCAAAGGAAACAAUUGGUAAAGGACAAUUUUGACUGCUUCGUCUCAUGUAAAACAACAAUUGAUGAUAUUGAGUCAAAACUGAAGCGGAUUGAAGAAGACCCCGAAGGGUCAGGAACUACUCAUUUGUUCAAUUGUAUGAAAAGUGUGACAUCAAGGGCCAAUCUUGCAUUUGAGCCCCUUUUUGAGAGACAGGCUCAAGCUGAGAAAAUCAGGUCUGUCCAAGGAAUGCUUCAGAGAUUCCGGACACUGUUCAAUUUACCCAGUAUCAUUCGUAGCAGUAUUAGCAAGGGUGAAUAUGAUUUGGCUGUUCGAGAAUACAAGAAGGCGAAAUCUAUUGCUCUCCCUUCUCACGUAAAUAUACUCAAGCGUGUACUUGAGGAGGUUGAGAAAGUUAUGCUGGAAUUUAAAGGCACACUAUACAAGUCUAUGGAAGAUCCGAAAAUAGACUUUACAAGCCUGGAAAACACUGUGAGGCUUUUGCUGGAGCUGGAACCCGAAUCUGAUCCUGUGUGGCAUUAUCUAAAUGUUCAGAAUCAUAGAAUCCACGGCUUGCUUGAGAAAUGUACAUAUGAUCAUGAAGCAAGGGUGGAAAUUUUGCGUAAUGACACUCAUGAGAAAGCCAUCUCAGAUGCGAAGUGGCAACAAAUUCAACAAAAUGGCGUUUCGUAUUCAGAUACCGCCUCUUCUAAUGAAAAUAAUGCAGUUCAAGUUGACCUACAAACAGUGGAAUUUCCCAGCGAAGAGAUUGAUACUUUGAAGGGACGAUACAUCAAAAGAUUGACUGCUGUGCUUGUGCAUCAUAUCCCUGUGUUUUGGAAAACAGCUAUAUCCAUUUUCAGUGGAAAAUUUGCCAAGUCCUCCCAAGUUACUGAUACAUCAGCCAAUAAAGCUGAGGAGAAGGUCACAGAGGCAAGAUAUUCAACUCAUUCUUUGGAAGAAGUUGCUGGGAUGAUACGCAAGACUAUUUCUGUCUAUGAAGCAAAGGUGAACAGCACAUUUUGUGAUUUUGACGAAUCAUGCAUUCUCCGCCCAUUUAUGAGUGAUGCCAUCAACGAAGUAUCAAAAGCAUGCCAAGCUUUUGAAGCCAAAGAGUCAACGCCCCACAGUGCUGUCGUUGCACUGAGAAAAGUCCAGGCGGAAAUCACUAAGAUUUAUAUCCAAAGGCUUUGCUCUUGGAUGAGGGCAUCCACGGAAGGAAUAUCAAAAGAGGAGACGUGGAUCCCGGUGUCUAUUCUUGAAAGGAAUAGAUCUCCAUACGCCAUCUCUUACUUGCCCCUUGCAUUCCGUUCAGUUAUUGUCUCUGGCAUGGAACAAGUCAAUCUGAUGAUUCUGUCUGUCAAAAGUGAAGCUGCCAAAUCAGAAGAUAUGUUUGCCCAAAUUGAGGAAAUCGUAAUAUCGGUUAGACUGGCAUUUUUGAACUGCUUUCUGGAUUUUGCUGCGCACUUGGAGCAAAUUGGUGCUGAUCUUUCCCAAAGCACCUCAAGACAAGAUAAUUGGAAAAACGGAUAUUCUGAUGAUCAUCAGGAAGAACCAUCAGCCAACACCUACGGAAGUGUUGUUGAUCCUCACAGGCGGUUGUUGAUGGUCUUAAGUAAUAUAGGUUAUUGCAAAGAUGAACUUGCUUCAGAGCUUUACAACAAGUUCAAAUAUACAUGGUUGCAGUCUAGAGACAAAAAUGAAGACAGUAGCGACCUUCAAGAUCUAAUAAUGUCUUUCUCUGGACUCGGAGAGAAGGUCCUCGAGCAUUACACUUUUGCUAAGGCAAAUUUGAUCAGAACAGCGGCCACAAAUUAUUUGCUGGACUCUGGUAUUCAGUGGGGAUCAGCACCUCAAGUGAAAGGCAUACGAGAUGCGGCUGUUGAGCUGUUGCACACUCUUGUAGCUGUCCAUGCGGAGGUCUUUGCUGGUGCAAAACCCCUCCUGGACAAGAUUCUUGGCGUGCUGAUCGAAGGUCUAAUCGACACUUUUUUGAGUCUUGUGGAAGAAAACAGAUCAAGUGACCUAAGAUCAAUUGAUGCAAAUGGUUUCUGCCAACUAAUGUUUGAGCUUGAAUAUUUUGAAACAGUACUAAAUCCAUAUUUUACAAGCUCUGCAACCGAGUCUCUUAAAUCUCUACAAGGAACCGUGUUGGAAAUAGCUAUAGAGAGCAUCAGUGAAGCUGUCGAGACCCCGGGACAUAAUCGUAGACCAACUCGUGGCAGCGAAGACACAGUUUCAGAUGACAAGCAAUCUGUUUCAGCAGAUGACCUCCUCGCUCUAACGAAACAGUGUUCAAACGAAUUGCUACAACCAGAGUUGGAGAGAACUCGUGUAAACACAGCAUGCUUUGCAGAGUCAACUCCAUUAGAGUCAACGCCUCCAUUACCCAAAGCUACCUACUCUUCCUUUAGAGGAUCAAUGGAUUCUCCAAGCAGAAACUACAGAGGCUCACAAUCAUCAGGUUCUCCCAUUAAUGCCCGACCCAGAAGAAGAUAAUAAGACACCAACUUUGUUUAUUUACAAUUUCGGUCUCCUUUUAUAUGUACGUAAAUUGAUCAUAAAUUCUCUUGUUCUUC